AUGAUGUGGGAUGGAGUGAUGGGUUGUCAGAGUAAGGUCAGAAAGGAGGUCCAAGGAGACACCAGAGAGGUCAGGAAGGAAGUCCAAGGAGACACCAGAGAGGUCAGAAAAGAGGUCCAAGGAGACACCAGAGAGGUCAGGAAGGAAGUCCAAGGAGACACCAGAGAGGUCAGGGGUCAGGAAGGAGGUCCAAGGAGACACCAGAGAGGUCAGGGGUCAGGAUGGAGGUCCAAGGAGACACCAGAGAGGUCAGGGAUCAGGAAGGAGGUCCAAGGAGACACCAGAGAGGUCAGGAAGGAAGUCCAAGGAGACACCAGAGAGGUCAGGAAUGAGGUCCAAGGCGACACCAGAGAGGUCAGGGGUCAGGAAGGAGGUCCAGUGAGACACCAGAGAGUUUGCGCGGCGAAUGUGUUGGGUUACAAGAAGUUGACGAUAGCCCCAGGAGACAACAUCAUUUUGUCCAGUUCAAACAUUUCCAAAGAUGAAACUCAAGUGGACUGGUUCAGAGUGGAGAAUGGAACUAAAGCUCGCUGCAUCGUGUCAAUUUAUGGAGCUGAUGGUGAGGAUCGUCCGGUCGGCAACAACACGGACACCAGUGAGGUCAGGAAGGAGGUCCCAGGAGACACCAGAGAGGUCAGGAAGGAGGUCCAAGGAGACACCAGGGAAGUCAGAAAAGAGGUCCAAGGAGACACCAGAGAGGUCAGGAAGGAAGUCCAAGGAGACACCAGAGAGGUCAGGAAGGAGGUCCAAGGAGACACCAGGGAAGUCAGAAAAGAGGUCCAAGGAGACACCAGAGAGGUCAGGAAGGAAGUCCAAGGAGACACCAGAGAGGUCAAGAAGGAGGUCCAACUAGACACCAGAGAGGUCCCGGGUCAGGAAGGAGGUCCAGUGAGACACAAGAGAGGUCCGAGGUAA